GCGAUGGCAUCCUUCACCAUUGCCGCUGCGACUGCUCUGCUUUUCUGCCUCCUGGCUGCCGAUGGCUGCUGCGCAAAGAACAGCAACAAGACCCACCAUGCCCCUCCUUCUCCGGGCACCAGUCCUCCCGCGCCCGUUUCGAGUGCCAACGCCACCGAUGCCGACACGGGCGGCUGGCUGGACGCCAGGGCCACCUGGUACGGCGCGCCCACCGGCGCCGGUCCAGACGACAACGGCGGCGCCUGCGGGUUCAAGAACGUCAACCUGCCACCCUUCUCCGCCAUGACAUCCUGUGGCAACGAGCCGCUCUUCAAGGACGGCAAGGGAUGCGGCUCAUGCUACCAGAUACGGUGCGUGGCCCAGAACCACCCGGCGUGCUCCGGUGUGCCCGAGACGGUGAUCAUCACGGACAUGAACUACUUCCCGGUCUCCCGCUACCACUUCGACCUCAGCGGAACCGCCUUCGGCGCCAUGGCGCUGCCUGGCCGGAACGACCAGCUCCGCCACGCCGGCAUCAUCGACAUGCAGUUCAAGAGGGUGCCGUGCCUGUACCCGGGCCUGACAGUGACGUUCCACGUGGAGGACGGGUCGAACCCAAACUACAUAGCGAUCCUGGUGGAGUAUGAGGACGGCGAUGGAGACGUGGUGCAACUAGACAUCAUGGAUUCGCGAGAUGGCAUGACAUCUAUGGGGGAAUGGGUGCCGAUGAAAGAGUCGUGGGGUUCCAUCUGGAGGGUGGACACGCCGCGCGCCAUGCAGGGGCCCUUCUCGCUGCGCAUCACCAACGAGUCUGGAAAGACGCUCGUUGCUGACAAAGUCAUUCCCGCAGACUGGAAGCCCAAUGCCAUCUACCGCUCCGUCAUCCAGUUCAACUGA